CGCAAUUUAAAACACACUGCGGCUGGAUUCAGAUAGCUGGACAGUGGAUACAACACCGCGACAAGUUCGUCUCUUUCAGCUUUGAGGAAUGCAUAAAAACUGAAGGGUGCUUGAAAAGCAUGGCGGAUCAAGACGCAUUUAAAUCCAGUCCAAGAAGAGGUGCUGCUAGUUUUCAUUCUCUGCCAGACUUUGAGCCAAGCUCACACCUCUCACAUCCCCGGGUCCAGUUGACAGAUGAUGCUUUAAGUUGUAACAGCGCCGCUACUUCGCUGAGGAAAAAUCUGUCUGCUUCCGGAGACCAUGAUCAAGUAAAAGAAGUUUUACCCUCUGAAGGAGGUGACAGACUCAGAAUUGAGAGAGCUUCAAUCCCCAAACUCAAAGAUAAACUUGACUGUGGAGACAUCCUAGUGGGAGCUGAGGAUGAAGACUCAAAUGACGAUGCAGCUGUCCUCUCUCUCUCUGGUAUGUCACCUGCCGAAAGCGUACUCUCUGAUGAAGAGCUCCUCCUGGACCAGAAAAAGGACAUCGACUGGAGCACAAAGACUGAAUUUUGGCGUACUGACUGGCACAAGAAUCACAUGGCGGCAAUAAGCAGUGAGAAGUUUGACAGCCUCCUGAAGAUGUGUCCUGAUUUCCAAGGCUGUAAGAGCCACAUGGCAGCAUUUGUCUUGAUAAGAGAAGUGUUAGACACAGCUGGUCGUCCAUGUGAGCAUUACAAGGUGGUGGCGUUUGGAGCAGGCCGUUUAAGCUGCAACAAGUGGCUUUGCUACAAUGGGACGAUGGUCCAUGACUGCCACGCCAUCAUCAUCGCCAGACGGUCUCUUCUAAGGUUUCUGUACAAACAGCUUCUGCUGUUCUUUGAUGCUGAUCCAAAGGCCAAGGAGAACUGUAUAUUUGAGAGCAGUGCAGACAGCCACCAGCUUCAACUCAAAUCCAAGAUCAGCCUGCAUCUCUACACCAAUCAGUGUCCUGAAGGAGCAGCUAAGAAUUUCUACUUCAAGGGCUCUGCGAACAACACAUGGACUUCUAUGAAGCUGCAGUAUCAUGCCAAGAGCCUGCUGGUCCCUGUAGCCUACCUUGACCCGAGUUUCUGGGGUGCCAAAGUCUGCUGCAUGUCUGGUAGUGACAAGUUGUGUUGCUGGACUGUCACUGGGGUCCAGGGUGCAUUACUGAGCCACUUCAUCCAGCCAGUCUACAUCACCAGCAUGGUGCUAGGGGGCCAGAAGCUCUUAAAUGAGGGAGUCUCUGAUAUCACCAACAAGCGACUGGGUGAUGGAUGGGAGGACUUACUGCCGCCAUCCUACAAGAAACACAACAUCUUCUUUCUCUGUGGUGACCAAGUGGGGCCUGUUGUGACCUCCCCACGGCAUGAUGACCUCAGCAUCAACUGGUGCCACGGAGACAAGGAUAUUGAAGUUCUGGACAGUACCAAGGGCUUCAUCAUUGACGGCUCUCCAUCUGUGAGUGGGCCUGGUUUCUCCAGCAGACUUUGCAAGAGAGCCCUCUACAGUUCUUUCCGCCUAGUUGCACAGCUGGGUGGGCAUAGCUAUCUGCUGGAUCUUCCCACUUACCACAGCAUCAAGGUGGAAGCCGUCGUCUACCAGACGGUCAAAGAUCUGGUCAAGCAACAGUUUCUGAGCGAACAAGCGGGUCCCUGGAAUUCUAAAAAGCUUGUGGACUGCUUUAGCGCUUGAACGUCCUCCCAGAAGGGCCACUUAGAGGGCCAAGUUGCUGUUUAGAUUUUGUUUGCUGUUGUUCUGUGCAGUGCACUUCGCUAGUUACACUUAACAGUAAUUCUAGUUUUGUUUUAUUUAAAAUGUCGGUGUUGUUUUCAGUUUGUGUAGGUGUUUGAGAAAAAUAAACGAGACCCUACUGUUAUGCACCAUA